AUGAGUAAGUCCUGCCCAUGGAUCCUCGACCCAAGUGAAUACAUACAACGUUUAGCUUGUUACGGACGAAUAUUUUGUGUACUGCCUAGCCUAUCAGCAAAGGACUUGUGCGAGAUGCAAACAAUUAGGAAAAAAGCGACGCUGCUCGCGUCAAACAAGCGGCCGCCGUCACCUGCUUCAGCUGCGGCAGCAAUAGCCACCACGGCCGCUGAUGCUACCGCAGUGGAAUCAGCAGCAGGAUCGACCCGCCCACCCCUGGAGCCAACCCAAGUGGCCACCCCGCCGGGUCACCGCCAGUACCACUCGAGGGUUGCUUUCGGCGGCUGCCUCGGCAUGGCGGAUCAGGGCGGGGUCGAUGAUGGGGUCAUCUCUCGCUGA